AUACAAUUUGGUGGCUGAAUUAAUUUCGAUCUUGUUGAAAAAUGGCUGCAGUUGGUAAUGUGAGUAAAGCAGAAUAUUUAAAACGUUAUUUAUCUAAUGAAGAUUUGCCUAAAGAAGAAAGGAAAAAGAAGAGAAAGAAAAUAAAACAGACUAAAGAUUCCAAGAUAAAAAUAAUAGAUGAUGAUGUGGAUCUUAAACAACUACAAGCUGAGCGAGGUGGACUUGAAGAUCUCGAUGAAGGUCCAGUUGUUGCAGAGGUUAUUGAUGAAAGGCCGAAACACAUCCAGCAGCUGGAGCAGUUUAGAAAAAAUGAUAGGUGGAAACUUCUAGGGAAUGAAAAUGAAGAUUUCAAUAGACAAGAUUCAGAAAUAGGGAGCUCCUCUCUAAAAGGAAAGUUUGAAACAGACAAUUCAUCAAUCAAACAUAAACCUCACUCAACCAAUCGUCAUCUAGAUAAUAAAAAGUCAAACUCAGGUUCACCCCCUAAAAAGUCAAAAAUUAGAAACGAUUCAUCUUCAGAUGCAUCUCCUCCUAGAAGCAAUAAUGCCAGACACGAUUCAGACUCAAAUUCCUCCCCUCCACGAAAAAAUAGAGUUAGGCACGAUUCUGAUUCCGAUCAAUCUCCUCCAAGAAUAGAUAUUGCAAGUCGAGGGUCUGAUCAGACAUCUGUUAGGAAAACUAUAGCUCGACAUGAUUCAGAUUCUGACCAAUCCCCUCCAAGAAAAGAUACAGUCAACCAUAUUUUGAGCUUGAAUCAUUCAGCAACAAAACACAGCCCAGACAGUGAUGAGUCUCCUCCAAGGAAAAAUGCAGCCAAAGUCAGGCAUGACUCAGACUCAGAUCAGUCACCACCAAGAAAAAAUCCACUCAAAGUCAGGCAUGACUCAGACUCAGAUCAGUCACCACCAAGAAAAAAUCCACUCAAAGUAAGGCAUGACUCAGAUCAGUCACCUCCCCAUAAAAGUAAACAAAGACACAGUUCUAAAUCACCUUCUUUAAAAAGAAUGCCAUCACCUGAUUCAGAUCAGUCACCACCUAGGAAAAGAAAGUCCAAAUUUGAAAGUGCCAAAUCUCCAAAAAGAAGAAGAGAUAAAUCAUCUACACCUGAUCAGUCACCUCCCAGAAAAUCUUCACAGAAAGAUGGUUCAAAAGGCAAUGCGGACAGACCUGAGUCAUCCUCUGUCAAAGCUCAAAAGACUUUAAGUGGAGCUAAGGCUGGCUUGUCCUCAGCCCGUGAGAUGAUGGAAGAAGCCAAGAAACUCAGGGAAAGAACAGAUAAAGCUUUUCAAAAUAUGGAUGAAAAACUUUUGGGCAGAAAUGCAGCUACAGUGGUAAGAGACAGAGAAACAGGCAGGAGGAAGAACACUGAAGAGGAGAGAGCUAAAAAUGAGGAGGAAGAGAAACGAAAAGAAGAGCUCAAGAAUAAGUAUGAAGUCUGGGGCAAAGGCAUAAAACAGCAACAAAACAGGAGUGCUGUUUUAGAGGACCAAGUGUAUGAAGCCUCCAAGCCAUUAGCCAGGUACAGAGAUGAUAAAGACCUGGACAAGAUGUGCAGAGAGGAAGAGAGGGAUGAGGACCCUAUGUUGGCCUACAUCAGGAACAGGAAGAAGAAAGAAGAACAGAAAUCUGGGAAGAAGAAAACUAAAGAGAUACCCAAAUAUAAAGGACCACAGCCACCUCCCAACCGAUUCAAUAUUAUGCCUGGAUACAGGUGGGAUGGCGUGGACCGCUCAAACGGAUUCGAGAAAAAAAUCUAUCAGCACGCUGCAAAUAAAAAAGCCACUCAAGAAAUCGCCUACAAGUGGUCCACGGAAGACAUGUAGUGAUAAAAUUAGAACAAUACUCAGACAGCAAGCCCAGCUUAUCCUUGUAGGCUUAUUACUGACCUUGAUACCAAAGUUGAAUAAAUAUAAAAGACUUAUUUUUUCAAGCAAAAUAAACUUUCCUUUAUUUAACAGACUCAAUGAGAAUAUAAAGGAAAGUACAAGAAACUGAAUGAUUUCAAAAGUAAAUCUCAACUUGUGUAAACUUGCUGCUUUCACCAUACAAUAAACACUCAGGGUUCUGUUUCUUGUCUUCCCUUUACUCUUCCAUACACCAUCAAUCUUAAUCAAAGUUACAUCAGACGCACUCCAUAAAACUUUGACAAUGUGUCACUAAUGGCUAAAAGAACUUCAAAGUAUUUUGAUUUUCAUUUCUGAUCAUUUCAAAUACUGUGACCUAAAACUUUACCACAGUGAAAAAACUUGUUCAAUCUCAGGUAUUAAUAAAAAAAACAAAUUCUUUUUUUUUUUUUUUCAAAAUCAAUUCUUACUUUCUGUUCAAAUAAUAGUGGAAACUUUAUUUUUAAUUUGUCAAGAGAAAAGGUAUAAAAUUGGUCACUAUGGGGAUUGAUGACAAUUGCUUUAUAAGCAUGAUACUGUAAAACUCAAUGAAGUCUAGUAGGGAAUCGGUGCCGACGGCGCAGUUAUCCCAUUGAUUGUUAAAAAGGCUUUUAUCAAACGAACAGGACUGGACAUGUGGCUCUUAACCCCUGUCCUGUCUGAGGGCUUCCAGUGGUAGCGGCUAUAGACUGGGCUGAUACUGUAACAACUUAGCUAACCAGCCAUACUAUUGUGUUCAAAAUUGUAGCCUAACAUAAAUGAUUCAAUUUAUUACUUCUCCUUUUUAAUAUGUUCAACUUUUGUUCACCUUCCAAACAUUGAUAGGAAGAAAGUGUGCACUGAUAAUAAGAAUUGAAACAAGAAAUAUAUUUUAAAAAAAAAUGUUUUUAAAAAUCAAUUCUUCCUUCAUGAAAUUCAUUUUAUUCUAUCUUUUCUCAUUUUAUUUCUUUCUUUAAAUGCAUCAUUAUUGCAAUGAGUCUUUCCAGUGCUUUGCUCAGUCUAGUUCACUAAAAGUUGAGUUGAGUGUGGAAAAUUCCAGCUGUGUCAAAAAACAUUUUUUUUUUCUUGGAUGUCAUUCAGACGUAAUUGAAAGUUAAUUUUAAGAUGAUUAAGUCAUCCAUUUUGUUCCUAAAGAUAUGUAUAAGAUAGGAAGAUAGAGCUGUUUUUGAAAUACAUAACCUUUUUCUUUUCACCCGUCUUUUUCCACCUAGGAAGGGAUGGCAAGCUCAUUGAAAGAAUUGUAAAACAAGCAAUAGAAACAAGAAAACUUUUUUUCAAAGCAAAGCUUAUUAAAGGGAAAGAACUGCUAAUUACUGCCACUUAUCUGGUAAUUACAGGGUUUAGCUCCCUUUCUGCUAUAUGAAACUAUGAAACAAAAUCAAUUAAUUAGUACUAAAUGAUUAACUAAUCGGUUAAUUUUAGGGCUGAUUAGUAUAUUGUCAUGGACUAUGAAUAAUUAUGCAAAAUUUCAACUACCCAGAUUGGGAAGAGGGAGAAAAACAUGUCAAAAUGUAAUAAAGUGAUUAAAUCCAUACAUUUACAUCUCUCAUAAAGUAGCAUUUAUUCCCAUUAUUUCCAUAUCAAACAAAACAAUUUAUCACCAACAAUUAAUUAAUUGAUUUUUUUUAUGGAUUUAUAUUUUGUCAGGUUUAUUGAAUACUUGUGCAAAGUCUUAACUUGAUCCGAGAAUGGGAAACGGGAGAAAAACAUGUUCAAACAUUUUACCAGACAGACAAAGAAAAAAAAUUCACUUCUUUUAUGUUGAAUUUGAAGGUUUAUAUUAUCAAUGUCAAAAAGUACAGUAUUCUGUAUCACAAUGGUUGUUGUGAUAAGUCAAAAUCCACAUUUCUGUUUAUGUGAUAAAUUUGUACCACAUAACUUUUUCCUUCCAUAGAACUUAUUUCUAAGAUGGACAUCCCAGUACCAGAACCUCUUGGAUCACAUUUUUUUCAACUGUUGUUUUUUUUUGCCUUAGAUUUUGUCAUUGUAAUUCAAAAGUGCUUUUUUACGCAUUUUUUUUUUUUUUUUGUGAAAAUCUUGCCAAGAAGAUUGACACUAGACAGCAACAGUGCUGCAUGUCACAAUCAUUGUUUUAUUUCUGGUAUUCAAGCAGCGAUUGUGUUUUACAGGGAAGGGAUAGUUAUAAGCACAAAGGGGAGGUAAAAAAUUUCACUGCAGCAUUUGUGAAAUUAAUGUAAAAAGAAAUUCUCCAUGCUUUGACUGCUGACUUAGUAUGUUGAAUUCAACAACCUUUUUUUUUGUAUAAAUAGAUGUUUAAUAUGUAGAUAUAUAAUGGUAAUUGUCUGCCAGGAGAACGAUUACAUUUCUCUGAUAAUGUCUUUGUUGAGUCUGAUGUAAAUAAAUGCAAAUAUGA